GCCGACUCCAGGAGCUGCACAUCGACACACUGUUUGAUAUAUGCAGGCAGUUUCAGCUCAGCUGUCACGAGAGCGUUGAACUGCCAUGGCGACCAGCGACAGUAUCCAAAUGGCAGGAGUGGACGGCGGCAGGGGACGUCCAUCGCCGGAGCCUCUCCAGGUUCCCGUGGCGUCGUCGCGGGCCGGCUUCGUCGAUGGUGCCGGUCACGGCGCGGCGGACACUUCGCCCGUGGCUGGGCAGGAGGCUGCUGAAGUUGGCUGGAAGGAGGAGGACUCGGUGACGAUCAGCGUGCUGUCGGCGCAACGUGGUCGCGCUCACGUGCAGGAGAUGGAGGUACCGUACUCCGUGGCGUUCAGCGUGCCGGCCUCGCCGUCGGGGAUCCACCUCGCGCAGCUGGGCGCGUGCGCGUCCAUCCGCAGCGACGGCGACGCCGUCCGCGUGACGCCGUCGACCGAGGUGAAGCUAGACGCGCACCACCCAGGCGCCGAGCCAGAGCUGCUGAAGCAGGCACGGUACCACUCGCAGCCGACGCUGACGAUCAGGACCGAGGAGCCGCCGCUGCAGCGGCAGCGCACGGUGUCGCGCAGCGACAGCACGCGGGACCGGCGGUUCGACCACUUCAAGACCUUCUCCGGGCGCCUCGAGCGGCAGCUCUCCAACCUCCGCGGGAUGGCGAACGAGCCCACCGAAAUCGAGCCCGCCGACUCCAAGAUCUCCGAGGAGGAAAGCGACGACGAUGAGGUCCCCACCGCCGACCGCUACUUUGCCGCCCUUGAAGGCCCCGAGCUCGAGACUCUCAGAGCGACGGAGGUGCCGGUGCUGCCCAAGGACGAGAAGUGGCCGUUCCUGCUACGGUUCCCGAUCAGCGCGUUCGGGAUGUGCAUGGGCGUGAGCAGCCAGGCGAUGCUGUGGAAGACGCUGGCGUCGGAGCCCGCCACGGCGUUCCUGCACGUGAGCCCGGACGUCAACCAUGUGCUCUGGUGGGUCUCCGUGGCGCUCAUGGGCCUCAUCUCCUUCAUCUACCUGCUCAAGAUCAUCUUCUACUUCGAGGCCGUCCGCCGCGAGUUCCAUCACCCCAUCCGCGUCAACUUCUUCUUCGCGCCGUGGAUCGCGUGCCUCUUCCUCGUGAAGGGCCUGCCGCAGCCGGUGUGGACGCUCCACCACGUGGUGUGGUACCUGCUGAUGGCGCCCAUCUUCUGCCUGGACCUCAAGAUCUAUGGGCAGUGGAUGUCUGGCGGCGACCGGCGCCUGUCCAAGGUGGCCAGCCCGACGAACCACCUGGCCGUCGUCGGCAACUUCGUCGGCGCGCUGCUGGGCGCCCGGAUGGGGCUCCGCGAGGUCCCCAUCUUCUUCUUCGCCGUCGGGCUGGCGCACUACCUGGUGCUGUUCGUGACGCUGUACCAGCGUCUCCCCACCAACGUGCAGCUCCCCAAGGAGCUCCACCCCGUCUUCUUCCUCUUCAUCGCCGCGCCGAGCGUGGCCUCCAUGGCCUGGGCUAGGCUCUGCGGCGAGUUCAACUACGGCGCCAAGAUCUCCUACUUCAUCGCCCUCUUCCUCUACAUGUCACUGGCGGUGCGCAUCAACUUCUUCAGAGGCGUCCGGUUCUCGCUGGCGUGGUGGGCGUACACGUUCCCAAUGACGAGCGCGGCCAUCGUGACGGCUCUGUACGCGUCGGAGGUGACCAACGUGCUGACGCGGGCGCUUGCGGUCGGGCUCGCCGGGAUCGCCUCCGUGACGGUCACGGGCGUGCUGGUGACGACCAUGUACCACGCGUUCGUGCGCAGGGACCUGUUCCCCAACGACGUGUCCAUCGCCAUCACGCAGCGGCCCAAGCCCAAGUUCAGCAAGAUCCUCGCGCACCUCCGCUCCUCCGGCACCGACGUCAAGGAGCUCGUCUUCGCCCUCUCCAGGCACGGCGGCUCCGAGACUAACAGCGCCAGCGAGUCACCCUCGCCCAUGGCGCGCAGCCACGGCAGAGCAGAGACGUAGAUCCACGAGCGACCGCCCGUGUUGAUUACUACCUCCCGAUUACCUGUACAGGCUUCAGAGGAGUGAGUUCUUUGAUUUUGCAUCUGUGCAGAUUCACCUGCACGUCGUACUAGCUAAUUGGCAGCGAUAGAUAAUUGUCCUUCGAUCGAUUGCCAUGAUAAGGAUGUAACCGCGGGAACCAAAACUAGUUCAACUGAGUUUGUAAAUUUGUUUUCUUGCAAGUUUCUGAGGGUAAUUUGUGAACCUUCAUGAUUUAGUAUCCUACUUUGGGGCUUAAUUUCUGGA